GUCAGUCAUCUGCGGGAGAGCUGCAGUCAUCUUAAUACAUCUAUUGGAAUAAAACCUGCUCACUAUGGUCGAAAAAAGAUUUCCCGUCAAUAUUCAGCUCGUUGGAGUGAUGCACAAAGAGGCAGCCAAAUUGUACAUGACCGCUGUUCUCUGGUCAGAUCAAAAUGAGAUCACUGUGUACAGGUCCCUCGAAGACUUCAAAGUCCUGCAUAGAACACUCAAGAAGAAAUUCCCUCCUUCAAACCCCAUUAGAAGGUCAGGAAGGAUCAUUCCCAAGUUUAAAGCUACAAGAGUGAGAAGAAACAUGCAGAAGUGGAGCCCCAGUAAGUCAGUGCUCAGACUGAAGGCUUUGGAGGAAUACUGCACUGAGCUGCUGCAGAGUGAUCCUCGCAUCUCACAGAGCUCAGAACUCAUCCAGUUCCUGCUUCCCAAACCCCAGGAGCUCAAUUCUGACUUUGCAAAAAACAGUAUCAUGAUCAUGCCUUCGGAGACUUCUCUGGGCAGCAGUGGAGCUGGAACGUCUGACAACAGUGUUACUCAACCCUUUGUUACUGAAACAUACCGCUGUGUUGCUACUUAUGAGACCAAAGACACCAAGAAUCGCCCCUUCAAGGUUGAAGUGGAUGAGAUUGUGGAUGUGCUCAUUAAGGACAAAAGAGGGUGGUGGCUGGUGGAGAAUGAAGCCAGAAGUCUUGCCUGGUUUCCUGCUCCAUAUUUAAAGAGAGUGGAGCUGGAUGAUGAUGGCGGUGAUGUGAUGGAGGGUGAAAGUAUCCUCUACAUUGCUGCCAAAAGUUACAAAGCCACAAAUAGUGAUGAGAUUUCUGUUGAGAUUGGGUCUGUGGUGGAGGUGGUACAGAAAUCUGACAAUGGCUGGUGGAUAAUCAGAUACAAUCUUAAAUCUGGCUAUGUGCCAUCUAUGUUCCUGCAACCAUACAAUAACCCACGGGUUUGCAUAAUGGCCAAUCAGAGGGGGAUCUUUAGCUCCACUCUUGACCUGGCGCAGCAUCAGCUUCCUGGAAACAACUCCUUGCAGCUCUCCAGUCGUGACCUCAACAGAUCCCAGGGCAACUUAAUGGUGCCCACAGGAAGAGGCCUGUGCCCUAGAGAUAAGCAGAUGUCACGUUCAAUGGGAAUACUCAUGGAUACUCAUCCAACACAUCAGGCCCCACCAUCCAUCCGUGUGGAGUUUGCCAAAAAUGGUCAGCAAAGCAGUUUGAGUGAUGAUGGCGAAGAUUUCAGCUUCAAUGAUGACAACAGCUCCUCUGAAAGUGAUUCACUAAAUCGUUCAGACGCAGAAGAGCAUUUUCGCCGAAGUCGUACCCCUACGCCCAUCUCUUCUGGAGGCCUGGGCCCUGAUAGUGCCACCAAAGGCAAGAUGACAGAAAGUAGAUCAGAGCCAAACCUCAACAAGAUGCCCAGAACCCCCAAAGUCCCACCCAGACCCCAAGCUCAGGAGAUAAUCAAACGCUGCAGCACUGUCACUCGCAAAAACUUACAAAGAACCAGUUAGGUCACCUCAGUAUCAGAAAAUAGCUAGACUGUUCUGAUUUUUAUCUCCUUGGCAAGAAAUCAUAUUUAUUUGCUAAUGUGAAGCAUUCCAGGUUAUAUAUUACAGGAGAAUGUUCCAGCCUUCAGUACAACAUAAAUAGUGUUACUUAUUUUUAUUAAUUGUGAUGCAUUGCAUAAACACUUGGGUGAUGUUAAAGUGAUCAUUUGAAAAAUAGAGGGCUGCAACACAAAAUGCACUCCCCCACUUAAAGCUUAUUAUAUUACAUUUUGUAAAGCUGCUCUGUUCCAAUUUAUAUAGUUUAAUGCAUUUUUAGUAAAUUAACUUCUAGAGGUAUUACUGUUUGGAUCGGAUGAAGGAAAGUUAAUGAUAGACAAUGCAUAGACAUGGAUUCAAUUUUCUAAUUUUUUUCUUUGAACAAUAGCUCUUUCCACACUGGAAAAUAUCUACUGUGACUUAUGUGCAUUCCUUGUAUACUUUUGAACAUACUUGAAUAUUGUGCACUCCUCAGAGUCUACAUUGUUGUACAGCAACAAUGGUCUCACGGUCUGUAAUAUGUGUGUAAAAUAUAUAUUUAAAUAAAAUGGUUUUCCAAAAUAUUGUGGCAUACUCCAUGUACAUCUUAUUUUUUUAUGAACGGACUGCAAACUUGUUCUGAUUUGUAAUGGUCUAUGAAAUGUAUACCUAAAUU